AUGUCUUUCUACGAUCCGGAUCGUCGUGUGUGGAGUGGUCCUCGCAUUGCUAGUUCAUUCGAUCCGAAACGGGGCCUCGGAGAGGUCCUGUUAGAUCUGUUGAGCCGCAAUCCGGAUAAAUUGGUCCAGAUUGAUGCCGACACCGGACGAACGUUGAGCCGAGACCAAUUGAAAUUACGUGCCAUUCGAAUAGCGCAGCACUUGAGGGAGGAAUUUGAUUUGAGUGGGGUCAAUGACAUCGUGACCAUUGCGGCAUCGAGUAGCGAAAAUUUGACACCGGUUGCGAUAGCUCUGCAAUUAUUGGCUGUGCCCUACAAUACACUGUUUCCGAAUUUCACCGUCGACGAAAUGGCACACAUGAUGAGCAAGACACAGUCGAGGCUAGCUUUUUGCGAUGCGUGGAAUUACGUCACGGUUCGGGAUGCUGCGCAGAGUGCGGUCAAGGGAGAGGUGAACUUUUUUAUCUUGGACGGUUCGGUUGAUGGUGUGCCUUCUGUGGAUGAACUGCUGAAAGAGACGGGACGGGAGAACGAGUUCCAGCCUGCCAAAGUGAACGAUCCCAGCAAAACAAUAUACAGUAUUUUUUGCUCGUCUGGAACCACUGGUCCGCCGAAAGGAAUUUGUUUGUCCCAUUCGAACAAAAUUAAUUCAUUUUUAAUGCCAAUCUACCGAGACUACGUUUACCUUGCGAUUGGCUCCAUUCACUGGAUCAGCGUGGCGUUCACCCACGAUAUGGCCAUUUUCUACGACAGUGUAGUCGUCAUUACGAGGAAACCCUUCUCGGAAGAUCUGUUCUUUGAUCUGAUCGAAAAGUAUCGCAUCAAUGGUUUGAAUGGUCCACCGGUUUUCGCCCAUGCCCUGGCCCGGCAUCCCCGGGCCAAGAGUGCCGAUUUGUCUUCGUUGAAAUUGUGGGGUAUCGGGGGCUAUUUUGUGUCGGACGACAUUCGGGAUGCUGUGGAUGCUUUGCUACCAGGUGGAAAAUCCUACACCAUCUACGCAUCCACCGAAUGUGCACUGAUUGCAGCGGAUUUAUUGCAGCGCAAGCGGGGUGCCGUUGGUCCGGUACUUUCGAAUUUAGAAAUCAAAAUUGUUGAUGACGAAGGACGAUCGUUGGGUGUUGGGGAACAGGGGGAGCUGUGGAUCAAGAGAUCACCUCCGUUUUUGGGCUACUUCAAGAAUGAGGAAGCUACAGCAGCAGUACUGGAUGCGGAGGGUUGGUUUCAAUCCGGCGAUCUCGGGUAUUUCGACGAUGAAGGAUUCCUAUAUUUGGUCGAUCGCAAAGGUGAUUUGUUCAAGUUUAGAAACGAUUCGGUUAGUCCUCAACAACUGGAGGACAUAAUUGUUCAAAUGGAAGGAGUGAAGAAGGUCUGUGUCGUCGGAAUUCCGACCGAUGAUCGAAGAGAAGAGCUACCUACGGCAGUUGUUGUGCGAGAUGAAGGUUCUACAAUUAGCGAACAAGCUAUCGUUCAGUUUGUCGAGGAACGUGUCAUGGAUCACAAACGGCUCCGCGGGGGUGUUUACUUUGUCGAUGAAAUGCCAUUCACCAGCAAGGGCAAUGUGAAAAGAAAAACGGUUCGGAAGAUGAUUAUGGACCAGGAAAUUAAAUAAAUAACAACCCGGUGCUAUUAUGAACUUCAAUUCGACGAGGAAAAUGAUGGGCAUGUUAGUAUUGCAACAUUUAUUCCCGUGUGUCUUAAGAUGUGUUUUAAAUAAACUUUUUUGUGUUUGCCACUACUCUACUAUGCUACGAAGGUCUGAAGAACGUUUCGAAUGCUUGGUUCCAUGGAACGAACAUGGAACUAAUCAUGGAAUCGUUUUCUAGACUAAGUGCAACAUUUUUUUCUUUGUACGUAUUGAUUCGAUUAGAAAGAUUUGAUUGAACUUCGAUUCUCACUGUUUUAUAUUCAGAUAAUUUUGUAGUACGAUCAGAAGAACAAUAAAUUAAACAUUUUAAAUUAA